UUUCAGCUCAGUUUAUUUUAUUAGCUGUGGCAAAAUGUUCCGCUUAGUGUUAAGUCUUCUAGUUAGUAGUUUAGCCCUGCAGGGGGUCCAAAGUGCAGCGCCACUUCACGGAAAAGGAACGCCUUUAGGCCGUGCUGGGUUCCACGGAGAAAGAAGCAAUGAUCGCGCUCAAACUGUGAACUAUCGUCUUAGCGGUGACCUGGUUCCAAUAAACUAUAACAUAUCGUUGUAUCCUCGACUACACUUGAAGGACUUCACGUUUGAUGGAAAAGUUCAGAUCACGCUUCGGGCUGAAAACGAUGCCAGUGAGAUUGUCCUUCAUGCCUACCAACUGAAAAUUAAUGAUGUGGACUUAAUGGACCUGAGUACGCAAGCUACUUACAUCCUGUAUGCAAAGGAUUUAAAUAGGACAACGGAUUUUUUGACUCUGGCUUCUGCUCAUGCGGAUCCUCUAGAACUGGUUGCAGGCCGUGAAUAUUUACUAACGAUUAAUUACUCUGGAUCAUUGCGGUCAGAUAAUGGAGGAUUCUAUCUGUCGAGUUAUGAAACGGCUGAAGAUGAAGUGGAGUAUUUGGCAACAACACAGCUCCAGGCAACUGAUGCCCGACAUGCUUUUCCAUGCUUUGAUGAGCCUGGCUACAAAGCCACUUUUGACAUCGCGAUCAGGCAUGGCAAAGAAUACAAUGUGGUUUCUAAUAUGCCGCUAUCUCGAACAGAAGAUACCUCUUCCGACACUACAACAUCGUACUUCCAGACUACACCGAAGAUGUCAACCUACAUAAUAGCUUUUAUGGUUUCGAAAUUUGUCUCCACUGAAUCCAAACAAGGUGAUGUGCUUCAUCGAGUAUUUUCUCGGCCAGAUACAAAAGAUGAGCAAGGCUAUGCAUUGGAGACCAGCAAGAAAAUCCUCAAUUACUUCGCAACCUAUCUAGAUGUUCCAUAUGAUUUGCCAAAGAUAGACAAUGUGGCUGUACCAGAUUUUGGUACUGGCGCCAUGGAAAAUUGGGGAAUGGUUGAAUAUCGUGAAGAGUAUCUUCUUUUCGAUGAAAAAAAAUCCACUACGAAGACGAUGUUGGGUAUUGCAAUGAAAAUUGGACAUGAGUUCACACACAUGUGGUUUGGGGAUUUGGUCACGGCGAAAUGGUGGGAGUUCCUCUGGCUUCAUGAGGGUUUUGCAUCACUUUAUGAGUAUCUUUCAGUAGAUGCGGUACAUCCCGAAUUCGAUAUCAUGCAAAAUUACAUAGUAGACCAUUUCCAAGCAUCUUUAAAUAGGGAUGCAACCCAAUCGCCGCGCGCUAUGUCAACUUAUGUGGAGUCUCCUUCUGCAAUAUCGAAUGUUUUUAAUUACGUGUCAUACGCAAAAUCGGCCUGUAUUCUUCGAAUGUUUCAACAUGUCUUAGGAGAAUCUGUAUUCCAGAAAGGGCUCAGUGCUUACCUAAAGGCAAAGGCAUAUGAUGUGGUCGAAGAGGAUGAUUUGUUUGAUCACCUGAUUGAUGCUGCAAAGAAUGAAAAUAUUCCUGGUCUGCCAACAGAGUCGUUGAGAAAGUUCUUCAAAUCAUGGACACAACAAGGAGGCUAUCCCCUUUUAACCGUUACUCGCGACUAUUCCUCAGGCACCUUCCAUAUCAACCAGCAUAUUUUUGAUAAUACAAACGACAUGACGAAAGUGAAAACUUUUUACGUUCCAUACAAUUAUGUCUAUGGUAACAACCCGAACUUUGCUAGCACACGACCUGAUGGGUUCCUCCUUGGUUUGCCGACGGCCACAGUAAAUAGUUCCGGUGGGCAUAGCCAAGACGAUUGGUUGCUGUUGAAUAAGCAGCUCACAGGGUUCUAUCGAGUUAACUAUGAUGACCAAAAUUGGAAACUUCUGGUAAACCAACUUCGUAAAGACCAUAAAGUGAUUCCUGCGGUGCAUCGUGCCCAACUUAUCGACGAUUCAGUGAAACUUGCUAUUUCUGGACACCUACAUCCAUCUGUAGCUUUGUCUUUGAUGGAAUAUCUCAAAAAUGAGGUGGAAUACGCUCCUUGGGAAGCUAUGGACACUGUUUUCAAUGUACUAAAUCCAUAUUUCCUCGGAGAUGAAGACUAUCAUCUUCUUCAAUUCUAUAUUCGCCAAUUAGUUACCUCUGCCUAUGAAAAAUUUGGAAUUACCGAAGGUAGCGACGAUACAUUACACAAAAAACAGAUUCGAAACCUUGUUAUUAAUUGGGCGUGCAGAACCAAUGCUGGUAGUUGCUUGGAUGACACAAACAUGAGGUUAAAUGAAGUUAUCGAUACGGGGAAGGAUGUCGAACCAAACUUGCAGGUGGCUAUCUUCUGCAAUGGCUUAAUAAAUGGUGGUGAGAAGGAAUUCGCCUACAUUUUCCGCCGCAUACUUGACUCAAAGGAUCAAGCGGAGCGCCGUCAACUCAUUCCCACUUUAGGUUGCUCUAGGAAUGCAACCCUCCUCAUGGAAUUUGUUAUGACAUCCACUGUGUAUUCGGUCGAAAUUAAUUAUCGCACGCAGGAGCGCAACAGUAUUUUGAGUUCAGUUAUAGGCAAGAACGAAGUUGGUUUACUUAUUGCAAUUGAGUUCUUAAAGGACAAUUAUAAAGAUUAUUAUAAUUUGGGAGCACACGGGUUUAUUGCCGGAGAUCCUUUCACCAAUGCACUAUCAGGAAUUGUUUCGCGCAGCUAUUCUCAGGAGGCGGUCAAUCAGUUCAUCGAAUUGGCAGAAGAAAUGAAGCAAGGAUUACCCCAAAUAUCCUCACAAAUAGAUUCGUGGAUGGUAAGAGCUAUAAGGAAUCGCCAGUGGGUUGAACGCAAUCGAGAUAGUUAUAUGAGUUGGCUCCGGUCGUAUCGGAACAGUGCCUCUUCUGUUAUUUUAUCCAGCGUUACAUUGCUUUUUGCAACUGCGAUGUUUUUGCGUUUAUAUUUCUAUGUGGCUCAAUUGGCCCUCGAUCGAUCCUCCGGUUCAGUCUUCUCUUUUAGUUAUAAUAAGAUGUUUCGUCUAGUGUUUGGUCUCGUAGUUGUAAGCUUUCUCGUCCUAAGCAUCCAAGGUGCUCUUCCAAUUGAUGAAGAAUGGCUGCAUCCUAUAUUCUAUAAAGUCGCGGAACCUCAAAAAAGUGAUCGCGUUGUGCAACCUAUAAACUAUCGCCUUAGUGGUGAUGCCGUUCCUAUAAAUUACAAUAUUUGGCUGUACCCUCGAAUUCACUUGAAUGAUUUUACCUUUUCGGGGAAAGUUCAAAUCACAUUUCGAGCCGAAAGGGAUGCAAGCGAGGUUACCUUACAUGCUCUGCAGUUGAAAAUUAACGAUGCGGAUCUCACUGAUUUGAGUACGCAGGAUGUGUACUUUUUAUAUGUGAAAGAGCAGAAUACGACCACGGAUUUCUUAACAUUCGCUUCCCUGCAUGCGGAACCGUUCCAAUUGGUUGCAGGGCAGGAGUAUCUUUUGACAAUUACUUAUGAAGGAUCAUUGCGAACGGAUAAUGGAGGGUUCUAUCUGUCAUCUUAUGAGAAUGAUGAUGGUCAAGAAGAGUACAUUGCAACAACUCAAUUUCAAGCAACUGAUGCUCGACACGCCUUCCCAUGUUUCGAUGAGCCUGGUUACAAAGCGACUUUCGAUAUCGCUAUAAGGCAUGGGCGGGAGUUCAGUGCGAUUUCAAAUAUGCCAUUGGAACGUUUCAUAGACACCGAUGCUACCACCCGGACCUCAUACUUCCAGACCACACCCAAAAUGUCUACAUAUCUAAUAGCCUUUGUCGUCUCUAAAUUUGAAUCCACUGAAGGUGAUGAAAAUAAUAUUCGGCACCGAGUAUUUUCACGGCCAAAUGCAGUAGCAGAGCAUCCCUUUGCACUUGAAACCAGCAAGAAAGCGCUCAACUACCUGGCAACCUACCUUGACGUUCCGUACCAUCUCCCCAAAAUGGAUAAUGUUGCUAUACCGGAUUUUGGCGCCGGAGCAAUGGAGAAUUGGGGAUUGGUUACAUAUCGCGAGGAAUACCUUCUGUACGACCAACAACUAUCUACGGUGAAUACUGAACUGAAUAUCGCAAUUAUGAUUUCCCACGAGUUUACCCAUCAAUGGUUUGGAGAUUUAGUUACCCUGGAAUGGUGGCAGUACCUGUGGUUGAACGAAGGGUUUGCAUCACUUUACGAGUAUCUCACUGUCAACGAGAUUUAUCCACAUUAUGAUAUUAUGCAAAACUUUGCUAUCGGCCAUUUCCAAAGAGCGCUGUUAUCAGAUGGAAUAGCAUCUCCUCGUGCUAUGUCAACUUAUGUUGAGGACCCUGCAUCAAUCUCAGGCAUUUUUGAUAGUGUUUCGUAUGCAAAAGCUGCUUGUGUUCUUCGGAUGUUCCAGCACGUACUUGGUGAAUCCAAUUUCAAGAAGGGUCUCAGCAGCUACCUAAAAGCAAAUGCCUACGGUGUAGUCAACGAAGACGAUCUUUUUGAACACCUGAUUGAAGCUGCAAAAGAUUCCAACAUUCCUGGUUUGCAAUCGAGCUUGCUGAAAAGCUUCUUCCAGUCAUGGACACAGCAAGGUGGUUACCCAGUUCUCACAGUAACUCGUGACUAUUCCGCAGGAACAUUCCUAAUCGAUCAACAUAUUUUCGAUAACACAAACGAUAUGACGAAGCUCAAGACUUUCAUUGUUCCCUACAAUUACGUUUUGGGCAAUAAGCCAUCUUUUGAAAAUACCGGGCCAGAUGGAUUCCUCCUCGGUUUGCCAACAGCCACAGUGAAUAUUUCAGCUUCAUUGAGCAAAGCAGACGACUGGCUCCUGUUGAACAAGCAACUGACCGGUUAUUAUCGGGUUAAUUAUGAUGAGAAAAACUGGAACCUAUUAGCGAGCCAACUGCUAAAGGAUCAUAAGGUCAUCAAUGUACUGAAUCGCGCGCAACUUAUAGACGAUUCAGUUAGACUCGCCAUCGCUGGACGUUUAUACCCAUCGGUUGCUUUGAAUUUGAUGGAGUAUAUCAAAAAUGAGGAGGAUUAUGCUCCUUGGGCUGCUGCGAAUAAUGUUCUCUCGGCAAUAAACACUUUCUUCCUGGGUGACAGUCAGUACGAAUUGUAUCUAUACUACGUCAAUAAACUUGUUUCUUCGAUCUAUGGAAAAUUGGGAAUCACCGAAGGCAGUUCUGACACCGUGCACCAGAAAUUGGUUCGAAACAUUGCCAUCAAUUGGGCAUGCAGAACUAAAGCCGGCACCUGCCUUGACGAUGCUAAUAAACGGUUAAAUGAAGUUAUAGAUACCGGAAAAGAAGUUGAGCCUAGUUUGAAGGUAGCCAUUUUCUGUAACGGCUUGAUAUCGGGAGGCGAGAAGGAAUUCGUUUACAUAUUCCGGCGAAUCUUAGACUCAAACGAUCAAGCUGAAAGGCGUCAACUCAUCCCAACUUUGGGUUGUUCCACAAACGAAACUCUCCUGCUCGAGUUUGCCAGGACAGCAACGGCGUAUUCACCUGAAAUUAAUUAUCGUACUCAGGAACGGGGUUAUAUAUUGAGCGGAAUUAUUGAUAAGAAUGAAGUUGGCCUGCUUGCAGCUAUAACGUUCCUGAGAGAGGAUUACGAAUCUUACUACGAGUUGGGAGCUGCUGGAUUCAUGGACAGCAGCCCACUGAUGUCUAUAUUGUCGAGUAUUGCUUCGCGUAUCUACUCACAGCAGGCAUUGGAAGAGUUUAUGGAGUUAAUUGCAGAAAUUAAAGAAGGCCUACCUGGCAGUGAGUCCAGACUGGACACAUUUGUAGUUAAGGCGAUAAGGAACGUUCAAUGGGUUGACCGUAAUCGCGACAGCUACAUCGAUUGGCUUGGAAGAUUUAAAAACAGCGCUACGUCUGCAAUUGUAUCGAGCGCAACAUUGGUAGUUGCAGUUGCGCUAUCUUUGCGAUCUUAUUUUAACCGAUCAUUUUUCUUAAGCCAUUCCCUCGAUUACUGUCCAAUAAAUAGGUCUAUAGCAGAAAUAAAUCGGCAACAGUGGGGGAAAAAAAAAUUUUGCGCGGCCAAAUUAAAAAUCGCUAAAAUGUUGCUCCUACCUUUAGUAUUCCUUUUGAAAAUAAUUUGUAUUUUGCAUUUUGAACGUGGUCUUUUGGUUUCAAGUGAAGACAUUUACCGCUUAUCUAAUACAACCAAUCCUCUGAGUUACUCAAUUGAAUUGACGGUCGAUACAGAUUGUGAAGUAGAUACAUUUACUGGUCAAGUAAAAAUCAUAGUGGAAGCGAGGGAAGAAGAAAACUACAUCACUUUGCAUACUUCAACUCAUAUAACUUUGAAAACGCCCAAAGUUUCCGAAGAAGAAAGUGGAAAUGAAGUUGAGAUCACGGGUAAUGACUUUAAUAGUGUGACGGAAAUCCGGACUGUGACUCUGGACAGUGAGUUGAUUGUCGGUCAACAAUACGUUCUGGAGUUUAGCUAUUCAGCCAAAUUAAGCACGGAUAAACUGGGGCUUUAUCAAUCGACGUACGAAAAUGACGAUGGAGAGAAAGUAUGUCUACUGUCGACCCAGUUCGCUCCAACUCAAGCACGCCGAGUAUUUCCAUGUUUCGAUGAACCUGGUUUUAAGGCGAAUUACGACAUAAAAAUAAUACAUCCAGCUGGAACGAUAGCUAUUUCUAAUGAGCCAGCUAUUAAUACUCGGGUCGCUCGUGCCGAUACUCUUGAAACAUCAUUCGAGGAGGUUAAAUCGAUGCCAGCAUACCUGGUUGGCUUUGUGAUAGGCGAUCUCGUCUACAAUGAAAGCUAUGAAGCAUCCGUUAGACAACAAGUCUAUGCGCGAGAAAAUGAGCUAGACCACGUGCAAUUCGCCCUCGAUUUUGCUUCAAACGUCUAUGAUUACUACGUCAAGUACUUCCAAAAGACUCUGCCUCUCAAACAACUGAAGCAUGUGGCCAUUCCCGAUUUUUACUUCAGCGCCAUGGAAAAUUGGGGUAUGAUUACGUACAAGGAGAGUCGCCUGCUAUUCAAUCCUGAAAUUCAUCCGGUGAACCUGCAGCAGAGCAUUUCAAAUGUGAUUGGACAUGAAAUAACGCAUCAUUGGUUUGGAGACUUGGUCACAAUGAAGUGGUGGACGCAUGUUUGGUUGAAGGAGGGGUUCGCUACGCUGUUUUCAUAUUACGGUCAGGAUGCUGUGAAUGAGAACAAUGAUGCCAUUCAGUUCCUUUUAGUUGAAAAGUUGCAAUACGUCUUUACAAUCGAUUCAGAUCCGGAUAUAAAGCCCAUGUCAAAGUAUAUAGAAAAACAGGCCGAUAUUAUGGCUAAUUAUGAUAAAAUCGCUUAUGAUAAAGCCUGCUGUGUCCUUCGUAUGAUGGAGCAUGCUUUCACCAGCAGUGUAUUCAAAGAUGCAUUGGCGAAGUACCUGGACCAACACGCAUACGGAAACACAGAUGAAGAUGACUUAUUUGAUGCGAUUGACCAAUCUCUGCCCAGUUCCAAUAGGAACCUUAACGUCACACAAAUUAUGAGAUCAUGGACCCAACAAGGAGGAUAUCCCCUAGUCACAGUGACCCUUGAAAAUUCAUUGAUUCGAUUGAAGCAGGAAAGAUUUUUAGAUAGAACUGACGUAGAUCUACCUCAGGGGGCGUUGUGGUCGAUCCCUGUAACAUUUUACGUUGAGGAUAGUGACAGCAGUUACCAGCAUUGGCUUUACGAAGAAGAGGAUACGUUGGAGUGCGAAAAAGUCUUAAAAUCUUGUUCACCGGACAAAGUGUUUACCAUCAAUCAUCUGCAGGCGGGUUAUUACAGGGUAAACUACGACGAGGCCCAUUGGAAUACGUUGGCAAAGACCUUAAAUGCGGAUGGUGCAAAGAUAGAUGUGAAUAAUAGAGCACAAUUAAUAGAUGACGCUUUCAACUUAGCCCUCACUGGACGUUUGAAUUACUCGAUCGUUUUCAAUUUAGUCAAAUAUUUGAAAAAAGAAACUGAAUAUGCCCCUUGGGCAGCAUUCCAGAGAGGUAUCGCCACUCUGAAAAGAUAUCUUUCCGCACAAAAGGAAUAUAGUCGACUGGAGACGUUUGUUCAAAGUAUUGUCGGACAAUCUUAUCGGAACAUAGCAUUAGCAAAUCAGUACGUUUCGAAAUUCACACGAAAGUUCUCCAGGCAAAUAAUUGUCAGUAUGGCAUGCGAAUUUCGUUUGGAAGAUUGCCUACAAGAGCAGCGAAAUUACAGUUAUCCGGACUUGCGAGAAGUCUACUAUUGCAAUAGGCUACGCGCUAGUGGUAACAACAUGUACUCUGAGCUGAGAAAUCUAUUGAAAACUACAACGGAACCGAUCCUGCGCGCUGAAAUAAUAUCCUCACUGGGUUGUUCCACGGACUCAACGCAGCUUGCUGUCCUUUUACUUAUCGCGGCUGAUAAAUCGGCAACUUAUAAACUAACAGACGAAGAGCAGAUUCAACUGAUCCAAAGCGUUUAUCGAAAAAGCCAUUUAGGUGUCGUUGAAACAUUGAAUCUGUUCACCAACGAAAAUAUGAAGAAUGUGAUCACAAAAUCCUCGGAAUUGGAAAAGCUUUGUCUUGACUUCGCUAAAUAUAUAAACAGCUACGAUCUGAACAUAAAGUUCCUUCAGGUCGUCAAAGAUUUACUAACGACUGCGAAGUUGGUGGAAGCAAGAGCAAUAGUUCAUCAAAACUUGUGGUGGAUUGCGGACUAUGGAGCAAUGGCGCUCAGUAGCUUGCCAAAUCCAACAAAUGGAGUCAGUGGAUUGUCUGGUCAUAUCGGGACAGUUGUUACCAGCUUCCUUGUUUUAAAAUACUUUUAUCAUUGACGGUUAAACCCGAUAUAGUAUUUCGGGUGUGAUAUAUCAAUUCAGCUUAUGAAUCAAAUAAUUAGAAAUAAAU